AUGCCUCCUCGAGGUACCCGAAAGGCUGCAAAACCGCCUGCUGAGCUUCAAUCGACAAGCAACAAACGAGACCUUGAAGAGGAGCCCGAACUACUGACUCCGCGACGGCAAUCAAAACGUAUCAAAUCCACCGAACAGCUUCGAGAUACCCCAGCUAGUCCCCAGCCGAAGCUUCCCAGAGCGCAACCCAAAAGUGAGAAUCGACUUGUGCAAGAAGAAACGAUAAAGGUUCAGAAACAGCCUGGAAAUUAUACUGCCACAACGAAGGGAAAGCUUGAGGAAGAGGUGGAACAGGACUCCAUUAAAGUCAAGGAUGAGGUAGACGAUGAAGCUACGGUCACAACAAAAACCUCGAAGAAGAGAAAGACAAAGAAGGAACAACAAGCUGAGAUCAUGCCAUUGAGGGCCCGAGCCCAAGGUCUGCGCAUGUAUGUCGGAGCUCAUGUGAGCGCAGCAGGAGGUGUAUUCAAUGCUGUGAACAAUAGCAAGCACAUUGGGGGCAAUGCUUUCGCCCUUUUCUUGAAAUCUCAGAGGAAAUGGGACAAUCCACCCCUUCAGGAUGAACACAGAGACAACUUCCUUCAGCUUUGCAAGGACAACGAUUACGACGCAGCAAAAUAUGUUCUACCCCACGGGUCCUACCUGGUAAAUUUGGCGCAAGAAGACAAAGCAAAAGCAAAGCAGGCCUAUGACUCGUUCUUAGACGACCUGCGCCGCUGCGAGGCCCUUGGUAUCCAACUAUACAACUUCCAUCCCGGGAGCGCAAACAAGACGCCAUUUCCCAGUGCACUCGCGCGGCUUGCAAAAUCUUUAACCAACGCGCUCUCGGCUACAUCCACGGUCGUACCCGUACUAGAGACAAUGUGUGGCCACGGCUCAACAAUCGGAGGUUCCCUGUCAGAAUUCCGCGAUCUCCUCGCUUUGAUACCAAAAGAGUUCCACUCCCGCGUCGGAAUCUGCAUAGAUACAUGCCACAGCUUCGCCGCAGGAUACGACCUUGUCUCACCGGCCGGUUUCCAGGCAUUUCUGAAAGAAUUCGAAGAUCUAAUUGGCAUCCAGCAUCUCCGGGCCCUCCAUCUCAACGACUCCAAAGCACCCGGCGGAAGCAAGCGUGACUUGCACGCCAACAUUGGAACGGGCUUCCUAGGCCUAAGAGCUUUUCACAAUGUCAUGAAUGAACCUCGCUUUGAGGGUAUACCCAUGAUUUUAGAAACCCCAAUAGACCGAGUACCGGUGACCAACGAAGUUAAAGAGGAGGGCGAAGAAGAAGGAGAAGGAGCCAGCGACGACGAAGUCAAACCAAAGAAAGCAACCAGCACCAAAAAGAAACCAGCCAAGAAACCAGCCGCAUCUAAAAGCAAAACGCAGCCCGUCCCCGAUUUCUCCGUUUGGGCUAAGGAGAUUGAGCUCCUCGAAUCCCUAAUCGGCAUGGACCCCGAUAGUUCAGAAUUCCGUGCACUUGAAGCUCGACUCUCCGAGGAAGGUCGAGAAACACGCGAAAAGCAUAUGGAGCAGUAUCAACGCAAGCUCGAGACCGAGGAGAAGAAAAAGGCUAAGGGUGAGGGGAAGCAGAAAACCCUCAUGGAGAUGAUGAAUAAUAGCAAGGGAAGGGGCAAAGCAAGCGCGAAGAAGGAUGAUAUUGAGAGUGAGGAUGAGGGAUGUCAGAGCUGUUAA